UGUGGGAUUAAUGCAGUAUUUCUUUUAUUAAACUGAUUUUAAAUAUCUUAUAUUCAUCCUUCCUAAUAACUCGUUAUUUUUCCGGGUAUUCGUCUGAGUCAUAAUCCACAUAUCCAAAUGAAUGAGGAAAAGGAUCAUCUAAAAACAAACCUGCUUUCCAGGAAGGUCCAGACACAUCAGAGGAUCUUUACAGUCAUUUCAACAGAGAGCAGAGCCAGAGACAAUGACAGCCGUAGAGAUGGAAGGAAAAGGUGACGGACAGCAGAUGAAAGACAAGACCAGUGACCUGUCCAGGCAGAUCGAUGAAGUGAAGGAGAUCAUGAAGAAAAAUUUGGAAGACCUCCUCCGCCGAGAAGAAAAUCUGGAUAACCUCAUGGAAGUGUCUGAGUAUCUGAAAGACAGGGCUUAUAAUUUCCGCCGUACAACUGAGAAAGUGUCUCGCUCCUACUGGUGGAAGAACGUCAAGCGGAUGGCAGCCGUGGUCGUGAUCGUCCUCAUCGUCGUCGUCGCCAUCGUCCUGCUGGCCGUCAGGUUCAAUUGAGAAUGACCCUGACGGCUCCUGUAGCCACGCCCACCUCCAAGCCCUGAACACACAUCAACACAAACAUCGUGAUGAGACAGCAUGAGAUUAUGGACGCAUUAUACUGAGUGGCAAAGAUUUGGACAAAUUCUGAUGUGUAGUAAACUGUAUUUUUCUCACUACAUUUAUUGUGUAAUAAACAAAAAGGUAAAAAGGAAUGAUUUGCUGUUUAUUUCGCAACAAAAUAAAAUAGAAUUGACAAAUUAGUUGAUAGUAUUAAUCACUGUAUUGUAGUCAUGUUGCUAUUCAGUCAAUUUAAAGCAGGUGGCGUUAUGUAUUUUCCAGCCAUUUUAUUACACAAUCAAGACACUGUUAUGUUCAGUUGUUUAGAAAACACUGCAUAGAAGAGGUGAUCAGAUCGAUCCGAAAUAUCCAUAAUCUUGAUACUAAGUCGGUAUCAGUAUCGGAUUGAUUUGCGAUCAAAACUUUAGUUUCAAAUUCCCGCUUGAAAUUUUUUGUUGUUGUUUCUCAAAUCCAACUUUAAAGAAAACAUUUUGCUUUGA